GGGCCUGCGAAGUGUUAGAGCUGCCGUCGCUUCGGAGUCGGGGCGGGGAAGAGCAGACGAACGCCCAACGCAACUCCAGCAGACAUGGAACCGAACCGCGGGAGCGCCGCCACCCUUGACGGCCUGGUCAGCCAGCUGCACGUCAUCUUUGAAAGUGACAGCGUGAACGUAGAGGAGGUCAAAGCCGUUAUGGAGUCAUACACGAGCAACCCGGACGAGUGGCGUAAAUAUGCCAUAUUCGACAAGGGCAGGUACACAAGGAACCUGUUGGACCAGGGCAACGAAAAGUUCAAUCUCAUCAUUCUGUGCUGGGGAGAAGGUCAUGGCAGUAGUAUCCACGACCACUCAAAGGCCCACUGUUUCAUGAAGAUGCUGCAGGGUAGUCUGAAGGAGACACGGUUUGACUGGCCGAAGGAUGACCUCCGGAAAGAAAUGGUCCAGAGGGAUGUGCAAAUUCUCAACAACAACCAGGUUGCCUACAUCAGUGAUGAGAUUGGCUUGCAUCGGGUGGAAAACAACAGCCAUGUAGAGGGUGCAGUCAGUUUGCAUCUGUACAGCCCACCUUUCCAGACGUGUCAAACAUUUGACCAGCGGACGGGGCACAGGGAGACUGUCCCGAUGACCUUCUGGAGCAGAAAUGGAAAGAGGACUCAAUCGGAGGCCCCAGCACAGGAGAACAACUAAGGCCAUAAAAGGUGCUGUGGGAAGACAAAAUCAGCUGCAUUUGUAAUGACAAAGUUGUAAAAUCAAAUCGAAGGAAAAUUGCAGAGGAGGCAAAAUGUGGACCUACUAUGACUAAACAACCCAUUUAAAAUCAGGAGCAGCCCAGUUCAAAAGGACAAGCCAGUAAUUAGAACGGCUUUAUCACUGCCCAGCGCAAGCUUGGCAAAUACUGAUGAGCACAGGACGAAUGCAUGAAUAGGCCGGGCCACGGCCUGAAUCUGCCCUUUGUUGGCCAGGCCCGAGGAGACCCUUUACCAAUAACAAAAUUCCUGUGUGUCCAUGACCUGUGUAACGACACUUUUGUAGUGUUUUGGCCCAUAGUUCAAGAGUAGAGUAGUAGCAUUUAAGAGGGAAUGAAACCUGUCAAAUUUUCCCUUAAACUGCCUUAAGUGAAAAUCUCUAGGAAAAGAACAUAUUCUGCCAUCAGUAGCCUUAAAUUCAGUGUAGAUUCUCUAUAAUUGUAAUUGCUAUUGACUUGUAUUACUCGAAAUUUGUCAGCUGUUAAAAAAUGUUUGAUUACCUUUGAUAAAAGGUAAAGCUCUAUAGAUGUGUUUUUUUUUAAUGCAGUGCUUGUAAAUUAUUUUUUGCUUACCCUGUUCAUGAUUGCGAUGAGAAGGGCAAGUUCUAAUUGAUGACACGCUUUGGCGUCACGCCUACAUGUGUUCACGCUUACACACCGGGGGGACUGAGGCGGUCUCGGAGAGAGGAGAUUUUGUAUUGUGCUAUACGCGGGCAAUGUGUUUUUAGACUAGAUUCUCUUUUUUCUCAGGAUUUUGGCUUAUUUUAGUGUUGACUAUGUCAGUUGCAUGCAUGAUCGCUAUGACACAGUGAAUGAUCAACCUUGCCCUGAAUGUAGACCAUUAAAACUUUACACAAAAAUA